AUGGCAAGACUGCGCAGGAAAGCCUGUAUUGCACUGUUUCUCUUCACACUCUUCAUUUUUGGGACCAUGAUGGGUCUGCGGACUUUAAAGCCCUCUGAUGGAUUUCCAAAUUUGGCCCCUGGUCUGGAGCUCAUGCCCUUUGCAGAACAGUCUGAGAGGCGCUCAGUAUCCAAUGAGGUCAUCUCUCAACCCCAGGGCACUGUGGACACACUGGACAGAACAAAGGUGUACUAUGACCUUCACAUCUUCUAUUACAUGUGGUAUGGUAACCCCAAGUUUGAUGGAAAUUACAUUCAUUGGGAUCAUGUAAUGGUUCCUCACUGGGAUCCUAAAAUUUCUGCAAGUUACCCCAAGGGAAGACACAGCCCUCCUGAAGACGUUGGUUCAAGUUUUUACCCAGAGUUGGGACCAUACAGUUCCAAAGAUCCAGAGGUCUUAGAAGACCACAUGAGACAGCUCAAAGCAGCUGCUAUUGGAGUUCUUGUGCUGUCAUGGUACCCGCCUGGCACAGCUGAUGAGAAUGGUGAAACAGUGGAAGAGUUGGUACCUCUUGUUCUGGAGGCUGCACUUCGAUAUAAUAUCAAGGUGGCGUUUCAUAUACAGCCAUACAAGGGACGUGACGAUCGCACAGUGCAUGAUAACAUAAAGUACAUAAUUGAUAAUUUUGGAUCUCAUGCUGCUUUUUAUAGAUACAAGACAAGUACAAGUAAAAUGUUGCCUCUCUUCUACAUUUAUGACUCUUACUUGACUCCACCAGAGUCCUGGGCUAAUCUCUUGACUCUUACUGGCUCACAUUCUAUCCGUAAUACACCUUAUGACGCAGUAUUUAUAGGGUUGCUGGUGGAGGAGGGACAUAAACAUGACAUCCUUACAGCUGGAUAUGAUGGGAUUUACACUUAUUUUGCUUCCAAUGGCUUUUCAUAUGGAUCUUCCCACCAGAACUGGAAGUCUGUCAAGAGCUUCUGUGAUACCAACAAUCUAAUGUUCAUUCCAAGUGUUGGACCUGGGUACAUAGACACUAGUAUACGUCCUUGGAACAACCACAACACCAGAAACAGAGUAAACGGAAAAUAUUAUGAGACAGCUCUCCAAGCAGCUCUUACAGUCCGGCCAGAAAUAGUGUCCAUCACUUCAUUCAAUGAGUGGCAUGAAGGGACACAGAUUGAAAAGGCUGUGCCAAAGAAAACUGCUACUCGCCUCUAUUUGGACUACUCACCCCAUCAAUCUGACCUUUACCUGAUUCUUACAAGGAAGUGGGCUGAACAUUUCAACAAGGAAAAGGAACAAUGGCUUAUGUGAUCACAUAACAAGAAGUCAGUAACGGAUUUCUUAGGAGGGGGAAGAGUAAGCAGCUUAAACCGAUGUAAAUUCAACCCAGAUAAGCUGCCUGCAUAUAUGUACCAAAGAGGUAGCACAGCUAGUACAGACUCCAUGGAUAAUAAGUGACAAGUUUUGAAGUAUGAAGAACACUGCAAAAAGAUUGAGCCUUUGUCUACAGCAGAACCCAAUAACUUGCUUAUAUUAUUGGACUUUAGGGAAGAAAUGGGAACAAAUAAUAUUUUAAUUGUUUAAACAAGAGUGGAAACUAAAUAUUUAAUGCAUUUUUUUUUUUUAAAGAGUAUUAGAUCACAGAAUAGCCUUGAGGGACUCACUUCAUCCACUGUUACAGAAAUCUACAUGUUCACAAUGAAAAUCCAAAGCUACAAAAGUAGCUUUUACUUCUGGUGCUACAUGAGAGCGUACAAUAAUAAACCAAGUGGACAUCAGUUUUCAUGAGUCAAUUCCUUGGUUGAUUAAAUAUUUUAAAUUCAGUGGGAACAGGAUCAAAUUGCAGACCAGUGGGCAGAUGUUAAAAUGUACAGGUGUAUUAGGCAAUUAGUGGAUGGUGAAAAUGGUGUGUUAUGAUGACAACAUGAAUAAAAGUUUUCACAAACCAACA